AUGAAAAGGCCACCUGGAUAUACCAAAGGACAACCUGAUCAGGUCUACAAGCUACACAAAAGUCUCUAUGGGCUUAAACAGGCCUCACGACAAUGGUAUGAUAAAUUCUCCACUUCCUUGGUUCAAUUUGGUUUCACUCAAUCCAAGGUUGAUUACAGCCUUUUUACCCUCAUUACUGCUACCAGCUUUACUGCAUUACUUGUUUAUGUCGAUGACAUAGUGGUUGCAAGCAGUUCUUUUGAUUCAAUUUCAAUACUCAAGACCUUCUUGAACACACACUUCAGGAUUAAAGACAUUGGGACAUUAAGAUAUUUCCUUGGCAUUGAGGUUGCUAGAUCCCCAAAAGGAAUUCACCUCUGUCAAAGGAAAUACACUAUCGAUAUCCUUGCUGAUUCAGGUCUCUUAGCUUGCAAACCCUUAAAGCUCCCCAUGGACCAAAACCACAAGUUAAGCAAAUCCUCUGGAACACCUCUCUCUGAUCCUACUCCAUAUAGACAACUUAUUGGAAGGUUACUUUAUCUAACCUUAACAAGAUCUGAUCUUAGUUAUCCCAACCAAGUCUUAAGUCAGUUUAUGGACCAUCCCUCAUCUUCCCACCUUGCUGCAGCACAUAAGGUAUUGAGAUAUCUCAAAAAUGCACCUGGCCAAGGUAUUCUACUUUCCUCUACAUCUUCCAUUCACCUUAAAGGUUACUAUGAUUCAGAUUGGGCCUCUUGCCCAGACACCCAAAAAUCCAUCACUGGAUUUUGCAUUUUCUUGGGUCAUUCUCUCAUUUCUUGGAGAUCCAAGAAACAAAUAGUUGUCUCAAGGUCAUCUGCUGAAGCAGAAUAUCGUGCAAUGGUUUCCAUUUCUACUGAACUCACUUGGCUAAGACAGUUGUUCAAGGACCUCUCCAUCUCUCACCCACAAGCUGCUGAACUUUUUUGUGACAACCAAGCUGCUUUACAUAUAGCAGCCAAUCCAGUUUUUCAUGAGAGGACAAAAUACAUUGAAGUGGAUUGUCAUCUUGUUCGAGACAAAAUUCAAGAAGGAAGCAUCAAGACCGCCCAUGUUCACACAACUUCACAGCUUGCAGACAUUUUUACUAAGUCUCUACCUUCUCAUGUUCUUUACUCACACUUCUCCAAGAUGGGAAUAGAAAACAUCUAUUCUCCAUCUUGUGGGGGGGUAUUAGAGCAGCAUGGCAUCAGUCAUUCCCUUAGUCCAGAUCAUGUGGAUGCAGCUGCUGAUGACAGUAUAAAAGGUCCUGAUAUGCAGUCACAUUCUCCAUCAAGUGAAUCUGCCUCUUAUAACAAACCUUCAGUCAAUUUACUAAAUAGCCCUUCUCAUAGAUGA